UGGGGAGCAUUUCAUUCUCUGACAUGAAGUUGUUUUUAUUUGCCCAAACUGUGUCUCUGCUCACUCACUGGAGAAUAACAUACAUACAUUCAUUAACUCUACUCGGCGCUGCAAAGUACACGGUCAACGAGACAACGGAACGAAUCAAAACGGUACGGUACGACGGAUGAGAGAUAUAUAAUUUUCCUGUGCGUGUGUGACGUACCACCAAAAAAUAAGAAGAAAAAAAUUAGAAAAAAGGAAGAAAAAUUCCAAUUAGAAAAAAUACAAGAAACGGAAACGGAUUCUAAUCAAACACAAAUUAAUAAGAAACAAAACACGGUUAAUUCAAUAGCUAGUCACUGCUUCUAACUGGUUUAGUAAGUGCAAAGCAAAGAAAAAAUAACACAACAACAAGAAAAAAGAUAUACAAAAGAUUUGCAAUAAGAAUUGGCAAAAUACAAUGCAUGAAAAAAUCUAAUAUUCCAAAAAUAAAUCCAAAUAAUGGUAUAUCUGGAAAAAUAAAAAAAAAUUAACGGGUAUGAAUGUAAAUUAAAAUCGAUAGAAAAGAACGUAAGGCAGCAAGAAGAAGAAAAUGUAAAAAAGUGUUAAAAAAGCAACAAAAAAAUCAUAAAAUAGAAAAAAAAAACAUACACAAAACGGAAAAUUCUCCAGCAACACAUCAGAAGAACAUUUGCUUGCUGUCGACGGUCGACGUCAUAGGCAUUUCAUGUGGGGUUUGUAAGCUGGCGUUGUAGCAGCAGCAGCCAGGCCUCUGGAAUUUAUAAUAAGCUCAAAGGGAUUUUUCCUAUAAAACUCUGCUGCCACGGCUGACAUUGGAGGGGGUAGUCGAGGGCGUGAGUCGGUAACGAAAUAAUUGGUAACGCAAACGAGGUGGAAGGAGAAAAAGUGUGAACAGUGGCCGAGCAAAAUUAAUAAGAAUUGGGCCGACGAGAAGGGGAAAAGGAAGUAAGGGAAGUGGAAGAAAACAACAACACUUACACAUCUACACCACCACUCUCACACACACAUACACACCGCACACAAAAUGCCGCUGUUUGGCAAAAAGGAUUCGGCUAAAAAAACCAAGUCGAAGGAAUUCAUUAAGGAACUCAACAAAACCAUACCCAUUGAGGAUAAAUACAAUCUGCAUGGCCUAUUGGGUACGGGCGCCUUCUCUGAGGUACGCCUGGCCGAGAGCAAGGAAAACCCAGGUCAACAUUUUGCGGUAAAAAUCAUUGACAAAAAGGCACUCAAAGGCAAAGAGGAAUCGCUGGAGAACGAGAUACGCGUCUUGCGUCGUUUCAGUGCCAAUCAUCACAACAAUGAUACGGCAGCCGAUAGCCGCAGUGGGGAGCGUUUGACCCAUCCCAACAUAGUCCAGUUGUACGAAACCUAUGAGGACAAAUCAAAAAUCUAUUUGGUCAUGGAAUUGGUAACAGGUGGUGAGCUAUUCGAUCGCAUUGUGGAGAAGGGUUCCUACACCGAAAAGGAUGCCUCCGAUUUGAUUAGGCAAAUUUUGGAGGCCGUCGACUAUAUGCACGAACAGGGUGUGGUACACAGGGACUUGAAGCCAGAGAAUCUGCUCUUCUACAGCCCCGAUGAUGACAGUAAAAUUAUGAUCAGCGACUUUGGUCUGUCUAAAAUGGAAGAUUCCGGCAUCAUGGCCACGGCCUGUGGCACACCAGGCUAUGUGGCGCCCGAGGUCUUGGCCCAGAGACCAUACGGCAAGGCUGUGGAUAUUUGGAGUAUAGGUGUCAUUUCCUAUAUCCUUUUGUGUGGCUAUCCGCCGUUCUACGAUGAAAACGAUGCCAAUCUCUUUGCCCAAAUACUCAAGGGAGAAUUCGAAUUUGACUCACCAUAUUGGGAUGACAUCAGUGAUUCGGCCAAGGAUUUCAUACGCCACUUGAUGUGUGUCUCGGUGGAGAAACGUUACACCUGCAAACAGGCCCUGGCCCAUCCCUGGAUUUCGGGUAAUGCUGCAGGCAACAAGAAUAUCCAUGCCACGGUUUCAGAGCAACUUAAAAAGAAUUUCGCCAAAUCGCGUUGGAAGCAGGCCUAUUUGGCCGCCACCGUCAUACGGCAAAUGCAACGUAUGGCCCUCAGUUCGAAUGAGAGCAAGUCGAAUCUAUUGAAGGAGAGUAAAAUGUCACAGGAUAAUUUGGGCGCCAGCAGUGGCAGUGAUGUGGAAAUGACCACCUGUCACAAUGCCAGUGGCAGUAGUUCGGGCAAUCUCCUCAACAAACCGAAUUCGUGUACGAACAAAACAUCGUCCACACCAUCGCCGUCAUCAUCAUUAGCGCAAAUGGAUUUUCAAAGCCAAAGAAUCUCAUCGACAUCAGCAGCAGCAGCAACAACAACAACAUUGUCCUCAGCAGCAGCGUCCUGUCAUAAUGGCAGUAAACAAUCAAACAAGUAAAACAAGAGUAAUUUGGUCUAAACAAAAAAAAAAAUAA